AGUGCGAACAAACCUGCGUACUUCGGACAUUCACGCUGCAUCAGCUUACUAUUACAAACACGUUACCAAGCCUCCUCUGGCACACUUGCCUCCAGUGAAGACCAUGCAGUACAGGUUCGGUUUCGCUGGCGUGCUCUGCGCUGCGUUGUUCCUCGGGCCGGGAGGAGCUCGUGCCACCAGCGUCAUCGGCGGGCGCAAGAGUGCUCUCAGGGGGGAGAUCGACGCCACGGCGUUCAGGGCGGAGGUCCAGAACGCCAUGGCGGAGGCCCUCAGCUGUGGGGGCGAGGUCGACGACGCGCAGUUGUCGGAGAUCGAGCGCGUGCUCUGGCCGAUGUGGAAGGCCUCGCCCAAGAACGCGCACGGGCGAAUCGAGCGCAGGCAGCUGCGCUACCUCGCGUACCGCUACUUCGUGCAGCGCUUCUCCGUGAUGGUCCGUGGCUUCGAGCCGUCUCGCCCGCUGAACGCGUCGGAGUGGGGCGCCGCGGACAUCCUCAGCCAGCAGGUGCCAGCGUUAGUGGAGGCCACCAUUCGUCCCAACGUGUUGCAAUGCACGGCUUCGACCUGAAAGACGCGGUGCACCUGGUCGCAACCCUCGAGCAGCUGAUCUGGGACUCGGAGGCCACGCUUCUCGAGCAGGUGUACCACAGGCAGGCGAGGCCGGUGCACGACCAAAUCACUCGCGCCGGCCUCUCCAAGAUCCUUCAGGAGUACAUGAUGAAGUGGAUUCUCGGCGAGCAGAUCACCCCGGCGGUCACGCCCGGGCUCCUGAACAACCCCAAGAUCCUGGAGGGUGCCUUCCCGAGGUGGCCAGCGAUCGUCGCUUUCCUCGAGGGCCAGGUCCGGGCCUUGGACUUCACGAGGCAGCGCACGCCCACACGAGGGGGUGCCGGCGGCCUGGCGCAGCGGUACUCCUUCCACGACGCCCACGAGAUUGUCGGGGGCAUCACCCAGAACUUCGCCUCGUUCUGGGAGUCGGAGUGCACCGAGAUGAAGGACCAGCUCAUCGCGAUGGACGUUCAUGGCACCGGCCGCGUGCCGCUGUCGAGGUUCUAUGGCACCGGGCUCGACGCGGACUGGCGGUUCGCGGAGUCGGAGUCCUACUUGCGCGACCUCGGGGCCUUGGACGAGACGUCCACGUGGCAGGGCAAGCAGGUCAUCAUUCCCAACUACAUCCAGGCCGCCUCGAACUGCAUCGUCUCGGCGCCGCACUACCUGGUGUGCUGCGCGAACACCUGCGAGGCCCUCCUCGGGGAGCUCGAGACGGGCGUCGGCGAGCCGGUCGGCACGGCCGAGGCGAUUUUGCGGCUCGUCGGCAACAUGACGUCGCAGGCCUCGCUCGACGACGACGAGGCCCCACGCCUCCAGGGCUCCCUCGCCGCGCAGCUCGAGCAGAUCGCUUCCGCGCACGGCGGCCAGGUCCCCCUGCACGGCCGCCUGUUCGCCCAGUGGCUUCACUACGCCUUCCCGCGGGACUGCCCCUUCCCGCACAGGGCCGGCGCCGCGGCCGCGCGCACGCCCGCGCAGUUCGGCCAGGGCUACCUCGCCACGAGGGACGAGAUGGCGAGCCACGCCCGCGCCGAGAACGCCUCCGAGGUGUCGCAGAUGUCGAGCGCCAUCAGAAGAGCAAACAACGACCCUGUCCUCCAACGUAUUGACAUAGCAGCACGGCGGCACGGGCUGCCCUCGGAGGAGGCCCGUGUCCUUUCGGGUGUCCCGACCGUGUGCAUUUGUUUGCUCUUCUGCCCGUGGACAGGGAGGAACUGCCGUGGAUGUCGCAGUGGAGCGAGGAUCGGGGGCAGCGACAUUGGGACUACCGCCUCCACCUGCGCGCGCCGUGGGAGGGCACCACAGCGGCCGCGCUGGCAGGGGCCGCGAUGCUCGUCGCGGCGGGCGUGUACGGCGCCAUGGGCGUGGCGACUGCGUCCAAAUCAGGCAGUGUGCUUCCCUGCCACCAGAAGGCACAUUUCGUCUGAGAGCAUAGUUGUCUCUCUUUCCGCGGAACUUUCGCCGGGUCUCACGGCGUAUCCGGUGGGCAUGGCCGCGACUCAACACCGAGGUGCCUCUGCGAUUUACCAUAUGCCGCUUUCUCGCGCUCCUCUCACCCCUUGGAGGCUCUCCGAUCGGGCGCGUACCCAUCUCAGCAGAGGACCCUUCUCCACUCGGACGUGCAGCGCUGGCCCCUCCGCUCUUCUCGGCCACCGUGCUCGCUCAUUGGCGGGCGCCUUGGCCACGCCACGCUGACCCAC